CUCAGGGCAGGCUCUAUGGCGGCUGUGCUCCGCCUGGGCCGCGCUGCGCGCCUGCUGCCGGCUGCCGCCACGCUCCGACCGCCAGCCCCGCGGCCGCCUCCGCGCCUGGCUUCAUCUUCCUCCUCUUCCUCCUCUUCUUCUGGUUUCUCUCCGCCCGCCAUGCAGGCCUUCCAGUACCCCGAGGUGUAUCGCGACGAGACCGCCGUGUCAGAUUACCAUGGGUGUAAAAUAAGUGACCCUUACUGCUGGCUUGAAGAUCCUGAUAGUGAACAGACAAAGGCAUUUGUAGAGGCUCAGAACAAGAUCACAAUUCCCUUUCUGGAGCAGUGUCCUGUCAGAGGACUGUUCAAGGAGCGCAUGACUGAACUCUACGAUUACCCCAAGUACAGUUGCCCCUUCAAGAAAGGAAAAAGGUACUUUCACUUCUACAACACAGGACUGCAGAACCAGCAAGUUCUAUAUGUACAGGACUCCUUGGAUUCAGAAGCCAAAGUUUUUCUUGAUCCAAAUAAGCUUUCUGAUGAUGGCACUGUGGCUCUACGAGGUUAUGCAUUCAGUGAAGAUGGGGAAUACUUUGCAUAUGGCCUGAGUUCUAGUGGCUCUGAUUGGGUUACUAUCAAGUUCAUGAAAGUAGAAGGUCCUGAGGAUCUUCCAGAUGUGCUGGAAAGAGUUAAAUUCAGUUGCAUGGCUUGGACCCACGAUGGAAAAGGCAUUUUCUAUAACUGCUACCCAAAACAAGAUGGGAAGAGUGAUGGCACUGAGACCUCCACUAAUCUACACCAAAAGCUGCAUUACCAUGUACUGGGUACUAACCAGUCAGAAGAUAUCCUGUGUGCUGAAUUUCCUGAGGAACCAAAGUGGAUGGGUGGAGCUGAGGUCUCAGUGGAUGGUCGCUAUGUCUUGAUGACCAUCCGAGAAGGCUGUCACCCAGUGAACAGGCUGUGGUACUGUGACCUUCAGGCAGAGCCUCAGGGUAUCUCAGGAAUUCUUCAGUGGGUGAAGCUGAUAGACAACUUUGAGGCUGAGUAUGAGUAUGUCACCAAUGAGGGACCAGUCUUCACUUUCAAGACAAACCACCACUCUCCAAACUACCGCCUCAUCAACAUCGACAUCGACGACCCCGAGGAGGCCAAGUGGAAAGUUCUUGUCCCUGAACACGAAAGAGAUGUCCUGGAAUGGGUUGCUUGUGUGAGGUCCAACUUCCUGGUUCUGUGCUACCUGCACGACGUGAAAAAUGUCCUGCAGCUCCAUGACCUGGCCACUGGUGCACAUCUGAAGACUUUCCCCUUAGAGGUUGGCAGUAUUGUGGGAUACAGUGGCCAGAAGAAGGACACAGAAAUAUUCUAUCAGUUUACUUCCUUUUUAUCUCCAGAUAUUAUAUAUCACUGUGAUCUGACCAAAGAAGAGCUGGAGCCAACAGUUUUCAGAGAAGUGACUGUGAAAGGAUUUGAUCCCUCAGCUUACCAGACAGUUCAGGUUUUCUACCCUAGCAAAGAUGGUACUAAGAUCCCAAUGUUUAUUAUUCACAAGAAAGGAAUUAAACUGGAUGGUUCUCAUCCUGCCUUCUUGUAUGGAUAUGGAGGCUUCAACAUAUCAAUUACACCAAGCUACAGUGUCUCAAGGCUCAUUUUUGUGCGGCACCUGGGGGGUGUCCUGGCGGUGGCGAACAUCAGGGGCGGCGGUGAAUAUGGAGAGACCUGGCACAAAGGUGGUAUCUUGGCCAACAAACAAAAUUGCUUUGAUGACUUCCAGUGUGCUGCCAAAUACCUCAUCAAGGAAGGCUACACAUCCCCGAAGAAGCUGACUAUUAAUGGAGGCUCAAAUGGAGGCCUCUUAGUUGCUGCCUGUGCCAAUCAGCGCCCUGACCUGUUUGGCUGUGCCAUUGCCCAGGUGGGAGUGAUGGACAUGCUCAAGUUCCACAAGUACACCAUUGGCCACGCUUGGACCACUGACUACGGCUGCUCCGACUGCAAGGAGCAGUUCGAGUGGCUGUGCAAGUACUCUCCACUUCACAACAUCAAGCUGCCAGAAGAGGAUGGCAUCCAGUAUCCCUCCACACUGCUGCUGACAGCAGACCACGACGACCGCGUGGUGCCCCUGCACUCGCUGAAGUUCAUCGCCACCUUGCAGUACGUGGUGGGCCGCAGCCGCAAGCAGACCAACCCCCUCCUCAUCCACGUUGACACCAAGGCUGGGCACGGGGCAGGGAAGCCAACUGCCAAAGUCAUUGAAGAAGUCUCGGAUAUGUUUGCUUUUAUAGCACGGUGCCUAAACCUGGAGUGGAUUGAAUAGGCAGAGAGCUCCUCCCUGUCUCCUCUAAGGGCUUUAACAGCAGUUACGACCAAGCAGACUGCUCCUCGGUGUAGUACUUACAUUUGAGAACUGCAGUUUAAUAUUUUAUUGACCCAACCUGCUGUGGAGUUUUGAUCUUCUGUGCUUCCCUCUUCUUGGUUUUGGUUUUUUUUUGUUGGCAUUUCUUUUGAGUUUCUUUUCUACUGCCUCCCUUUGACGAGCAUGUUGAGGUAAAUGGCUGCUGUCAGUGCCGCUGCGAACUCUUUUUAGAUGGCAGGAUUAGUGCUAGUUGAACUCCUUUCCUGUAAACAAUUUUAAUGUAUUUUACACCUAUAAACUCACCCAGGUCACCUGUAAUUAAAUGUAAGCACUGUCUGCAUACCAGAACUGUCAGCAUACUUCAUUUACACAGGUACUUAUUUAUAGGAAUGUAAACUGAAGGUGUUCAGCGCUGGCCAUAAAAAUACUAAAGAGGCAGCAACCUGGAUCAUUAAAUACCAUUAAAAUGCUUCUGUCCCUGUGCUGCUCAGAAGUGUGUUACAGUCUAU